GGAGCUCGAGGCAGUGAGAUUGGACUGGAGCAUCGGUGCUGCAGUGUUCUUUCUGCAUGCUGGAUAGAAAAACGAUCCAGCUUUUUAGUUUUUUCAUGGAAUGCAUCAAGAAAAAAGAUACAAUCCAGAGGAUGUGUGAAUAACUGAGACUGAUUGUGCAGCUGGAAAUAUCUGGAUCAGAAUCAAGAGCGUGGAGGUUUUUUUUGCAGAGAAGGUCGAGAGGAAAGUGGAAGGAAUAAGAAAGCAGAGGUGAAGCGCAGGUGGAGAGCGUGGAAGGAUGGAGUAGGACGCAGAGUCACGUGGAUCCAGGUCCACUUUCUCUACAGCUCUGGACAUUGAAGUCAAGCAGAGGAUUUUCUUUUUUUCUAAUCCUUUCUGGAGGACUGCUUGGGAAGUUUAGGAUGGGUUUUGAUGAGUGAGACUGUCUCACCUGUCUGUCUUACCUUUCUGUCUCACCUGUCUUGCAUCAAGCUAUAUUCAGCUCGUAUCUGGAGCACUUCAGUGUGUGGGAUUGAAGGGCAAACUCACCUGAAGUUCAGGGUUUUUUUGGCAAUUGUGGACGUGAAUGUGAAGGUGAAGGUAGUGGUGAAGGUAAAGGAGAAUUUCAAGGAAAUCCAAAAAGACUGACUGUUUGAAAUGCAGGUGGCAAAGCAGGUCAGAACCCACCUGAAUUUUAAAGUUUGGGGCUGAAGGUGUAGCUGAACGUGAAGCUGGAUUUACAGAGGAACUUUUAAAGAGCAAGUAUAUAUUUCGAUGAUUUUUAAUAUCCCCAUUGCAACUGAGAUCUCAUGUCUCGUGCCUUUUGGAACGAUGUAAACUUUGUGCCACACCCAGACACGCCUAUUUAUCCAGACCCGCCCACUUACCUAGACACUCCCAUUUACCCAGACACGCCCACACACACACCUUGACCUUCUUUUGUCCCCGAAAUUACAACAAAACCCGUUCCUUGUUUUUUUUUGUGACAAAGUGGGGAUUGUUUGGCCCUUGGGGGCCUCAGCGGCCUCCUCUAAUCUGAAGAUGCGUCGCUCGAGCACGGAUGAAACCCCGUACCGCCGCAGUCCCUCUGUGGACAGUAAGACCAGGUCGCCCCCGUUCUGUUUUGGGGGCGAACGCGAGCGCCAUGGUGCACCUUUCGGUUUCAGCUUCCGCACGGCCCCGGGGACGAAAACAGCCAAAGCGGGUUACGCCACGGCGCAGGGCAGGAAGUACGUGGUGUUUUACCUCGACCUCUCCUUCAUUUUCCUUCUAGAGCUGCGGCGCUGCAGGAUGGCUGAGGGCUGCAUGAGAGCCCUGAGAUACGCCAUGGUGUUCUUCAACCUGCUCUUCUGGCUGGGUGGAUGUGGGAUUCUGGGAGUGGGCGUGUGGCUGUCGGUCACCCAAGGGAACUUCGCCACUCUCUCCACCUCCCUACCUUCUCUAUCUGCUGCCAAUCUCCUCAUCGCUGUCGGAACCAUCAUCAUGGUGAUCGGUUGCCUGGGCUGCGUCGGCGCCGUCAAGGAGAGUCGGCCGUUACUGAUAAGUUUCUUCAUCCUGCUGCUUCUGAUCUUCCUGCUGGAGAUUCUGUUCAUCAUCCUCUUCUUCGCCUAUCAGGAUCGGAUUGACCGUUACGCUCAGAGCGACUUGAAAAAAGGCCUGCAGCUUUUUGGCACAGAGGGAAACAUCGGCCUGACCAACGCCUGGAGCAUCGUCCAGACCGACUUUCGUUGCUGUGGAGUGAACAAUCACACCGACUGGUUCGAGGUGUACAACACAACCCGCGUCCCAGACUCCUGCUGUCUGGAGUACAGCGACAACUGCGGCCUGGAAAACCCGGGGACCUGGUGGACCGCUCCGUGUUAUGAACGAGUGAAAAGCUGGCUCCAGGAGAACCUCGUUGCUCUGUGGAUCUUCGCUCUGUGCACGGCUCUAACGCAGAUCUUAGGCCUGGUGUUCUCAAUGACUAUCUUCUGCCAGGCGGUGAAAGUGGACACCUUUUACGCCUAGAGAACUGAGAAAAAGGAUCCAGAAAUAUUUUCUAGGACAAUUUAUUUCUUC